AAACACAUUAUAAAUAACAUAUUUUUGUAAUAAAUAUUGUAAUUUUGACGAAUCAAGGAUAGCAACAUUAGUUAAUUAAAAUCAAUAACUUCCGUUUGUGUAUGUAUAACAAAAAUAUAUCAGUGCAGUCAGUAUGAUAUAAGAAAAGGGUGCAAAAUUAACAAAAUGGCAUUGGAUUCAUUAGACUACAUACCAGAAUUAUGUAGGCAAUUUGCAACAGGGAACUGCUACCUAGGCCCGUUUUGCAAAUAUCGCCAUCGAGUGUUCCUAGAACGUUUAAGUGAUUAUGCGCAAAUUUGUGAGUUAAAUAACUGUACACGGCCAGAGUGCACAAACUUACAUAUAACAAAACAAGAGGAAAAUCUCUUCAGAAAUGAGGAAGUCAUACCUUCAAAACUGGUUUGCAGGUAUACAACUAUGCUUUCGUUUCUAAUCAAUGAAUUUGGUAUGGAAUAUGUUGAGGCACAGACGUCUUUAUUUGAAAUAUUAUCGACAGUACCGCCACCAGAACGAGGACAGCUCCUGGAACACGUAAUGGAGUGUUUAUUGCAGUGUUCACCUCCGGCGCAGCCACCGUCUCCCCACCGCUCUCCAACAACCAAUACUGGCUCCCAGCAACCGGCAAUGACACCAGUCGGUGCGAUACAACCACAAUAUCCAUUUCCACCACCUAAGCUAAGUGGCGACAUGGAUACAGCCGUAACACAAGCACCUCCAUACACACCGUCAUCAACAUGUUUAGGACCCAUGGAAUGGAAGAGAUGCAAGGAAGAAAUAAAACCACAGAUACCAGCAAGGACUGUGGUACAAACGUCCCACGUACGUACACACACGAACGAAGCGCGAGCACUACUUUUAGCGCCACCACCGUCUUCGUCGCCUCUUUUAUUGACGUCAAGUACUAGGACUUCUUAUUUUGAGCCCGGUGAUAAUAAACGUAGAAAAAUCGUAGAGGACUCGCCAAUAGCAGAUGCACCAAGGUCAUCAGCAGUGAGUGUAACACGAGAACCACCUACAGCUCCGUCACCACAGUCAUUGACGACAAAUACCCCGUUUUCUAACAAGACGAGUAAGGGCUCUGAUUUAGUAGCUACAGAUAACACACAAAGGAAACCUCCGGCAAUAAGUUCGCGAAGGCCAACAAUAACGACUGGACCACGAGAACCACCUACAGCUCCGCCGCCACAGUCAUUUACGACAAAUACCCCGUUUUCUAACAAGAAGAGUAAGGGCUCUGAUUUAGUAGCUACAGAUGUACCCAUGAAGACCCAAAGGAAACCGCCGGCAAUAAGUUCGCGAAGGCCAUCAGUAGCGACUGGACCACGAGAACCACCUACAGCUCCGUCGCCACAGUCAUUGACCGUAAAUACCAUGGCUACUAAAAAGGUAAGUAAAUGCUUUGAUUUAGUAACCACAGAAUUAAAAACCAACCAGAAACCGACAACAAUAAGUCCACGGAGGUCAUCAGCAGUUACUGUACCCCGAGAACUACCUAUAGGUCCGUCGUCGCCGCAGUCACUAACGACAAAUACCAUGAUUUCUAAGAAGACAAGUAAGGGCUAUGAUUUAGUGAUUACAGAAGGAAAAACUAACCAGAAUCCGCCAACAAUAAAUUCACAAAGGGCAUCAGUAAUGAAUAUACCACGAGAAUCACCUGCAUCUGCGUCACCACCUUCGUCGCCACAACAACUGUCGACAAAUACCAUGAUUUUUAACAAGAUGACUUCGUUUUCAUCGGACCCUAGUUCUGUAGCAGAAAUAAAAACGGAACCAAAAUCGCCAACAACACUUCUGCCACCACUUCUGGCGCCACAAUCACUAACGGUGACCACUAAUUCAUCCAACUCUAGUUGUAUAGAUACAGAAAUUGAUGCUGAUCCGAGAUUGUCACCAUAUAUGAUUCUAGAAGAACUACGUGGAGCUCUGCAACUACCCCCGCCACCACCUCCGCCACCACUUCCGGCGCCACAAUCACUAACGGUGACCACAAAUUCAACCGGCUCUAGUUUUAUAGAUAUAAAGACCGAACUGAAAUCAACAACCGAUUCACCAAGGUCACCAUCUAUGAGUAUACCGCGAGCGUCACCUUUGGUUUUCCCACAAGUAGCUCCACCCCCACCCCCACCUCCAUCUCCACCUCCAACUUCGUUAUCUCAAUCUUUGAUGACGACUUUUAAUUCACCCGACCUUAGUUUAAUAGAAUAA